CCACUUUUGGCGCACCGCUACCAGUAUUGUUGUUUUCGUAUAUUGUCUGACAGACAACAAUUUUAAUGUAGAUUUUUAAUGCAUUGCAUUUUUCGACAAAUUUAUGAGCGAGAAUAAACGGAAAAAGCCCCGAAGACGGCAACGGUCCGGUGUGGCUCGUUGCCGACUUUGUCGCGAGGUGUGUGAACCGAAUAAACUGUUGUGGAAUCGGGAUUUUCGUGAAAAACUGCAGGACAUUGCCUGCUUCUGGAUCAAGAUUAACCCCGGCUGCCGGAAAUACAAUGUUUGCCGCUCAUGCCAGACCGAGGUUGAAGAGUAUUACUCUUUCAAGAAACAAUGCCGACAUUACCUGCGCGAAGGGGUUCUAUCCACCCUGGAGGAUGAUGACCAACCGGACUCGAUGCUGAAUUCGUUAUUGGAAAACUGUUCAGAAGAAGUAACACUUCCACCGGAUACUCUAGAAAGUUUAGCAGGCACAUCCUUUGAUUUACCGCUAAACGAUCACAACUAUUCAGAAGGUGCUACCGAAUCUACUAACGACUACAUCCAGGAACAACCGAAGCCAAAGAAUCAACAAAAAUCGACACUAAACCCAAAAGAUGUAUCCAACGAUGUACAAGCAGCAGAAGACCCCGAACACCAGGAGUCAACUAAAAAACUGCGUCCAUAUCGGCGCAAAUUCCGACAAACUGAGGAGGAAAAAUCUAUGACGCCAGAAGAGUACAAACGAUACUACAGGAAGAUACAACUGGAAGGCUACAAAAGAGUUUGCGACAUAUGCGGAAAAUCGAUCGACCCCCAAAGAAUGGAAAGCCACAUAAACCGCCACAAAGGCGUGGAACCGUAUAGCUGCGAGGAGUGCGGUUUGCCGUUCCACUGUAGGGCUAAUUUGCGGAAGCACAUUACGCGAAGUCAUGCCAAGGGCCAGGAGAUCGCCUGUGAGCUGUGCGACAAAGUCAGCGUCAGUGAAAUUGCGCACAAGCAGCACCUGCGAGCGGUACACUCGGAGAAAAAGUUCCAGUGUACCCUAUGCCACGUGAAAACGGUGACUCAGUACGCUUUGGAUAGUCACAUGGACAUUCACAACCAAAGGCGGGACUACGUUUGUCCGCACUGUGGGAAGGCGUUCUAUCGGAGGUAUGUGCUUAAUAUCCACCUGCGGACGCAUUCCGGUGAAACGCCGUACAAGUGCCAUGUCUGCGCCGAGGCAUUCGUCCAUCGGCGGAUUUAUGUGAUGCACAUGAAGAAGUUGCACCCAGAGGAACCGAUGAUGCGGGUGGACGGAUUGAAAGCGUUGAAGGAGGCACUCAAGCAGAAGGGUGAUUAGAUUCGGGUUGAAUAAAGCUGGAAUAGAAGAAUUUA